GCCUUCGACCUAGGUGACGGGGAGUCAUGGCAGCGGCAGCAGGGCCGCCGGCGACAAUAGCCUCAGGAGGCGGCGGUGGCGACGAGCGGAGCAGUACCCGGGAACGCCUUCUGGCCGCGUUGGACGACUUGGAGCUUCUAGCCCGGGAGCUGAUUGAAAUGCUGGCGAUUUCAAGGAACCAGAAACUGGCACAACCUGGAGAAGAGGUCCAGGUACUGGACCUGCUGAUUCAGCGAGACAAACAGUUCCAGGAAUUAAUGAAGCUGGCUCUCGAGCAAGGGAAGAUCCACCAGGAGAUGCAACUCUUAGAGAAAGUGGUGGAGAAGAGGGACAGCGAUAUCCAGCAGCUUCAAAAACAACUGAAAGAAGCAGAGCACAUCCUGGCCACAGCUGUUUAUCAAGCAAAAGAAAAACUGAAAUCAAUAGAAAAAGCAAGGAGGGGGUCUGUUUCCUCCGAAGAAAUAAUCAAGUACGCUCACAGAAUUAGUGCCAGCAACGCCGUCUGCGCUCCUCUCACGUGGGUGCCAGGGGAUCCCCGAAGGCCAUACCCAACCGAUCUGGAGAUGAGAAGUGGUCUCCUGGGUCAGAUGAACAACCCGUCAGCAAAUGGAGUCAACGGACACUUACCAGGGGAUGCGCUUGCAGCAGGCAGAUUACCAGAUGUGCUUGCGCCACAGUAUCCUUGGCAGUCCACUGACAUGUCCAUGAACAUGCUGCCUCCUAAUCACAGCAACGACUUCAUGCUAGAACCUCCGGGGCAUAAUAAGGAGAACGAAGAUGACGUGGAGGUCAUGUCAACAGAUUCCUCGAGCAGCAGCAGCGACUCCGAUUAGGAACUGCAUCCGAUUUUCGGACUAGCAAAAGCAGACUGUGUUUGGGACCCCGUUAUAUUGUUCGUUCUGACCACCGAUGGGAGCUGCACUAUACAGUGAGGAGCAGAAAGGACACUGGUGAUUUUUCACGGAUAUUUGAACGAGUACUCACCAAAAACACCCUAAUCAUGGUUGGGGGUCUGGGGAGCGGAGAUAACAGGGUGCAUUUAUUUUAUCGUACGUUUGAUAAAGUUCUAGGCCAUAAAAUGUAAGGAGGAUCAACUAGAAGUUACAAUGAAUAAACUACUAUUACAUUUUCCUUGCUAGCACACGGAAACAGGGCUAAAUAUUAAAAGUUGUUGAAAUUUUCCAUGAUGAUUACUUGUCAUGAUUUA